CCCUCUCGAUCGCCCUCUCUCCUCCCCGUCCUCCCCUUCUCGCCAGUACGAUCAGGGUCCCCCGAUCUGCGCUACCACCAUGUUCAGCCACGGUCCCGAGUACGAGCAGAGGCUCGCGCGUCCAUUCGUGCCGCCGACGGCCACUCUCAAGCAGCUCCACGACGCAGUUCCCAAGCACCUUCUUCAAAAGGACCCACUCCGGUCCACCGGCUACGUACUCCGCGACGUCUUCUUCUGCAUCCUCUUCUUCGGCUUCGGCGCCUCGAUCGAGCCUCUCGUCACCACCUCCUUCGGGGGCUAUGUCCCCCUGACCGCCCCGUGGCAGCCCGCCCUCGCCCGCGCCGCGCUCUGGCUCGUGUACUGGUGGUGGCAGGGCAUCGCCUUCGCCUCGUUCUUCUGCAUCGCGCACGAACUCGGCCAUGGGACGCUCUACCGCUCCUGGUGGGCUAACAAUAUCCUGGGUUUCUGCCUCGAUACGUUCAUCCUCGCUCCUUUUUUCGCGUGGAAAGCAAGCCACAACGCACAUCACAAAGCCGUCAACUCCAUCGAGCGCGACGAGAACUACGUCCCCCACUUGCGUAGUCACUAUGAUCUGCCGCCGAAGGAGCGCGCCACCACCGCGGACUACGCCGAAGUUCUCGAGGAAACGCCGCUCUUCACGAUGAUCAGAAUGUUUGUUAUGCAGGCGAUGGGUUGGUGGCUAUAUCUGACGUUCAAUCUGCUGGGCUCCAAAAUGUACCCGAAGGGCACCAAUCACUUCUCCCCGUAUUCCGCGCUUUUCAAGAAGGAGCAGCGUCUGGGCAUAUUCAUCUCUGACGUCGGGCUCAUCGGCAUGAUGUCUCUUCUGUACCUGUUCGCCCGAACAUACGGCUGGACGGCGCUCGCGAUGUAUUACUUCAUUCCAUACGUGUUGUGCAACCAUUGGUACGUGAUGAUCACCUUCCUGCACCACUCCGAUCCGACCAUCCCGCACUAUCGCCAAGAGGAAUGGUCGUUCCUAAGGGGCGCCGCCGCGACGGUGGACCGCCCGACGCUGGGCUGGAUCGGCCGGUUCUUCUUCCACAACGUUGCGCACGACCACGUCGCGCACCACUUCUUCUCCCACGUCCCGUUCUACAACCAGCCCGCCGUCACGGAAGCGAUCAAGACUGUCCUCGGUGAUCACUAUAAUUACGACUCGACGAAUACGUUCUACGCGCUCUACCGCUCGUUCACCGAGUGUGUCUUCAUCGAGGAGGAGGGCGCGAUCGUGUUCUACAAAAAUAAGUACGGCAUCGCCGUCCGGGAGGUGGCGCAGAGCGAGGUCUCCGCGAUCAAGGAGGCUGGGUGGGACCAGGAAGAGCAGGACGACUUGCCAGUGUCAGACGCAGACGCGGAGUGAUUGACGCGGGUUGUCCCCUUCUUGGUUAUGCCGGACCGUGCUAUGUUAUCUCUACUAUAGACGUGCUUCGGACCACCCUAGAACUCUGUAUGUAUUAUAUAACCC